AUGGCAAUGGAAAAUACCCCUUUACGUAUAAAAAUUAAACCUUAUCGUUCAAGUUAUACGUAUAAAUCUAUUGGAACUCCUCCAUUAUCAUCUUUACCUACCCCAAUAUCUACUUUCUUUCGAGAACAUAGAAAAAAUCAUAUUUUGCUUCUUUUUUUUAUUACAUUUUAUAUAAUUUUAAUAAUACUCGGAAUCGGUAUCUGGACUGUACUUUACGAUCAAAAUGUCAAUGACAUUAUUUCAGAUUCUAAAUGUGACCUUCCAGAAUUACCUAACUUAUUUAGAGACAAUUCUAUACGUGUUGAUAUUGAAAGAGGUCCCGGAAUAGGUCACGUGGUUUACUCAGAGAGAACAAACACUCAGUAUAUUAAUGUAACCGGAUGUCCCAAUCAAUCGACUUUCCUAUAUCAUUAUAAAUCGAUGGAUCUUUCUUGGGCAGUUUGGGAUCAAGAGAAGGAUGGUUUAUUUAUUUUAAAUGAGACUUAUGUGUUGCUACAAUGUAUGGAUAAGUCUAACGCCAGUAUGAUAAGAAAAGAAAUAAAAAAAGCUGAUGCAGAAUUCAAUGAGAAACUUAAACAAAAUUCAAAACAUUCAUCCCCUCUCGUCGAUGAUGUGAUAAUGAUUCUAUUAGAAGCAGAAUCUAGAGAAAAAUUCAAACAAGAAUUUCCACGUUUAAUGAAUUUUUUUAGAAACAUAGAAAGUCAUACAAAUGGUUCCCAUAAAUGGUUUUCUAUGGAGAGAUAUAAUGUAUUAGGUCGUAAUUCUGCUCCAAAUAAACCUUAUAUUUAUUCUGGACAAAGUUAUUGGAAUUUAGAAGCUAGGCAAAGUGGAAAUUGGAUUUGGGAUAUAUUUGAAGAACAAGGAUUUAUUACUGCUCAUUCUGAUGGUUCUUGUGGUGGUUUCUUGGGUCCUUCAGAUUGGAGUACUAGUGAUAUAAGUUAUUGGUACAUUCAAGAAAAAUCUCGAACCGGAAAUAAACGAUUAUUACCAGGAAUUCAUCAUUUCCCCGUAGAUUCUAUAUGUGAUAAUUAUAUUCUUUCAAAGAAAGGACAAGUUGAAAAUUCAAAAUUCGAAAACUCUUGUGUAUUCAAGAAUAGAUUCAGUAAAUCGGUUCUUAUGCAAGGCUUUGUGUUUGGAUGGAGUCCCUACUGCAUAGGACAAAAGACAUUGGCGCAACAUUCGUUAGAUUGGAUUGAAGAUUUUCUCAGUGAAUAUUCUGGUGAAAGACGAUUUGUUACAUCGACUUUUUUUGACACAAAUAUAGAAGGGAUAAUUAAUUCUGGAUUAGAAAAUGAUUUGUUGAACUUAAUAGAAAAGAUGAUUGCUAAAGAAAAGCCUUUAUUGUCUAAAAAUAGUGCGAUCAUAAUUUAUAGUGAUCAUGGCCUACACUAUGGUAAUGAAUAUAGAACAUUCGAAGGUUAUUUACAUCAUAAGCAACCUACCAUGAUGAUGUUACUUCCAAGUCAACUACUAGAAACUUAUCCAGAUUUUGAACCAUCUCUUGAAAUGAAUAAAGACGUUCUUUCGACGCAUUUAGACUUUCACCAAACCUUAUUACAUCUUGCAUACGGUAAUGUUGAUGACAUGAAUCAUGAUAAAUACAAUAAAUACGUUGAUUAUUUUCUUGGAGGUUUUAGUGAAAAUACCAAAUCGGAUACACAUUUAGUUAAAACAGAUGCUGAAAUUUAUGGGCAAUCAUUCUUUAUACCAAUGUCUAAACAACGAACUUGUGACUCAUUAAACAUUCCAGGAGAAUUAUGUCCAUGUUUAGAUUUUUCGACACUCGAUUAUGAAGAUAUGGAACAAAAAGAAUUAAUUGAUAAAGCGAUGAUUAAAGGAAUGAAUUAUAUGAAUAAAUUUCUAAAAGAUAAUCACUUAGAUUUUGUAUGUAACCUAUUUCACUAUGAUGCAUCUGAUAAUAGAAGAAUCGAUGAUAAUUAUAAUUCGAUAAGUUUUAGCUCUGGAUUUUUUAAUAAGAAUUUGGCUCCUGAAUACGAGAUGUAUCAUGUAACAGUGAAAGUGAAAAAUUUUGAUUCAUUAUUAACUAUACGUACAAGCAAGAAUGAAUUAUUAUGGUCUUUAGUAGAUGAGAUUUCAAAUUUAGAAGUUUAUCAAGAUUCUGUUUCGGAACUUGAAUGGAGUAUUUGUAAAUCUAGAUUGAGAAAUGAAUUGGGAAAAUCUUUAGAUAAAGAAAUUGAAGAUGUUGCUAGACAUUUUUGUUUUUGC